GUUCUCUAAAAAACCAGUUGCAUACUAUGGUUACAUAUAUAAAGCUAAUAUCUUUCAAAAGUAGUUUGAUAAUAAAAGCAUGCCUUUGAAGUCAAAGGAGUCAUUUGAUUUUUAUUUACCAAAAGUCAUCCAACUAACUUAAUCACCAAUAGCAGGUGGAAACCACAGACCAUCUGUUCCCAUAUGGCCAUACUGUCGAUCUUGCCCUGUUUCCAAACGUAUCUCUUAUCCUUACAACCCUUCUGAUGACUGAACUAUUUUCGAAAAAUCAAUAAGCUUUCACAUAUAGGAUUUUAUCUAAAGUAACUAUUUGCUUUUACAGCCUAUGUUUUAACAUAUUUCUUAAUUGACAUGGUAGAGCCUAUAAUAUAAAGACGUAUGUCUGUUUUACUCUUAGAGGCGCUGUGACUUGUUAGACUAAACAUUGCUUUCUUUCAAAAUAAAAAAAAAGGGAACUGGAAUACCUUCCCUCCCUUCAAAUGACAAUUCAAGUACGCUCAAAACGAAGAAUACUUCCUAAACGUUCUGUUAUCGACAUUGAUUUCGUUUCAUCCAAAUCCAAUAAUUUGCAAGAUUUACUAUGUACAUCCACACAAAUACCUUCCAAGAAAGAUUAUUCAGUGAUUAAUGAAUUAUUUGGCGAUCAGUCAAAAUUUCCAUCGCAAAGGGAACAUUUACCACACAUCGUACUCGGAACACCCAAGAGAAGUCGGCUACUUCAAAAGCAAGAGGAUAGAGAGAACUUAGUAGAGAGUCAAAAAAUUCAUGAAAAUAUACCUGUCAAGAGCAAUGACCAAGAAAACCAGGAUGAGAAACACGUUGUAGGACAAGGUGUUUUAGAAAAAACAAAAGGUUUAUCGAAUGGCAAGAGGAAUGUAUUAAGUGAAAACGUAAUCAAGACAAGUACUAGUACUAGUAGUGUUAGCAGCAGUACUAGCACUAGUAGUGAUAGUAGUAACAUCAGCACUAGUAGUGGAAGCAGUAGUAAUAGUGAUAGUAAUACCAAUAGCGGCAGUAAUGUUAGUUAUAGUAGUAGUGGUAUAUCUGAACACAACGAAUCAGUUGAAGAUACUAUUAGCAGCAACAAUCAUAAUAAUAAUAGAGUAGACAAUGAUCAUAAGGAGUAUGAACUAAUUGACGAUCUUAGCACUAGUAGCAGUACUAUCGAUACCAGCACUAGUACUAGCACUGUAAAUACUAAUACAUCUGAUAUAAUCAGUAUAGCGGAAACAAUUUGUAAUGAUGCUGCAAGUGAGACACUGUACAACAAACAAGAGGAGAUGAAAAAGAGAGAUUCAAUAUCAGAGGAACCAGUAGUUGUGAUUGAAUUGACCAAGCGAAAAAAGAAGUUAAAAGUCAAGGAGUUAAACCCGUGUGAACGUAAAGAAUCAUUUAUGUUUCCGCCAAAGAAGGAACCUAAGAUAAAGGCUCGUCAUGAGCUAUUAAAGACCUUGAAGGGGUCAGGUGCUCUUGAUUGGAUUAUAAAUGGCCGAGAUAGAGACAGUCGUAAGGAGGAUAUUGGCAAAGUGAGAAAGAGACAGCUGGAGAGACGAUUACAGCGACCAUUUGUUACUAGAAAACUUAUUCACAAUAAAAACGGUUGGCUUAUUAAGCAAUAGCCAAUCAUAUUUCUUCAUCAAUUAUG